AUGUGUACCCCCCAGGAGCAGAAGAUCUUCUCCAUCUGCGGGGUGUUCCCCUCGGUGCGCGAGGCGCUCAAGAACCGAGGGUGGCUCGAGAAGAAGUGGGUGGCGAACGAGUGCCCGCGGGAGCGGCCCGGGGACCGAGAGCGGGAGCAGACCCUCAAGGAGACCCGCGAGAAGGACGUGGAUAGGGACAAGGAGAACAAGGAUGGCGAGAAGGAAAAGGAGAAAGAAAAAGUAGUCGAGUCCAGGGACAGGAUAAGAAGCGAGGACUCGAUGAUGUCGCUGCUGGACUCCCUGGCCGGCGAGGAGCUCAACGAGAAGGCCGUGGUGGCGCGCCUGCUGCGGGGCGUACCGGCCAACUUCAUCUGGACCGUCAAGUUCGACGGCAUCGACUGGAAGCGGCUCAAGAAGCGGCAGAUCAUCAACCGCUUCCCCAAGGCGUUCUUCACGACGAAAAUCGGCCUCAGCACGUUCCUGCGCCAGAUGCACUGGUUCUCGGAGGAAGGCGUGUCGCUCACCAGGUUCCCGCGCUGCUACAACAUCUGCCAGCCCGACGACAUGGAGGCGUUCGUGGACGACUACCGGCUGACGGCCUGCCUCAGCACGCUCAAGUGGCUGGUCGAGGUGGUGGACAAGGGCGGAGCCGCGGCCGUGCAGAGCCCGCAGGGCAAGGUGCCCAAGAUGGCGGUGGAGUUCGCGCUGGCGCGGUGCCGCGAGUUCCUCGUCGAGCACUCCAACGAGGACCUGGACCGCGCCGCGCCGCCCACCGUGUUUUCGCACCAGUGGGACCAGUUCCUGUCCUGGACCUACCAGCUGCACCGGGACGACGCCGCGCUCAACGCCGCCGCCCCGGAGCCCAGCAUCUCGGCGCUGUACGCGGAGAGCUGCUGGAUCCUGGAGCGGAUCGCACCCCUCUGGCCGCAGCUGCAACUCGACGGUCGGCUCAACAUGUGGAUCAUGAAACCCGGCGCCAAGUCGCGCGGGCGCGGCAUCCACCUCGUCAACCGCCUCGACCUGCUCACCUCGCAGGUGUCGUCCACCCACCUGCGGGACGCGCGCUACGUGGCGCAGAAGUACAUCGAGCGACCGUUGCUCAUAUGCAACACCAAGUUUGACAUCCGGCAGUGGUUCCUGGUGACCAGCGUCUACCCGAUGACUAUCUGGAUGUACAGAGAGAGCUACCUCCGCUUCUGCUCGCAGUCCUUCAGCCUCCACAACAUGCACGAGUCUGUGCACCUUUGCAACAACGCGGUGCAGGCCAAGUACACCAACGGCAAAAGGGACCCCGCCCUGCCCGAUGAGAACAUGUGGGACUGUUACACCUUCCAGACGUACCUUCGGUCGAAGGGCCGCGCCGACCUCUGGGACUCGCUCAUCUACCCGGGCAUGCGGCAGGGCAUCGUCGGCACCCUGCUCGCCUCGCAGGAGCAUCUGGACCGGCGCGGCGACUGCUUCGAGUUGUUCGGCGCCGACUUCAUGCUCACCGAGGACUUCGUGCCGUGGCUCAUCGAGAUCAACUCGUGCCCGUGCAUGGCGCCGUCUACCAGCGUCACGGCGCGCAUGUGCGCACAGUGCCUCGAGGACGUCAUCAAGGUGGUCAUCGACAGGCGCGCGGAUCGCAACGCGGACACCGGUAUGUUCGAGCUCGUGUACCGCCAGCAGAUCCCGCCGCCGCCACCCUACCUCGGCAUGUCGCUGUCGGUGCGCGGCCGCAAGAUCCCGUCGGCGGGGGGCUCCUCAGGGCCACGGCGUCGCAAGACGGCGUCCCAGUCCGACGUGGAGGCUGACCCGUCUGGCGCGUCCGCGUCCAGCGCCGGCGGUCAGCCCGCGCGCUGCCGACGUUCCGAGCUGCUCGAGUCCAGGCUCACGAGCCCCGCGGCCCGUUCCCCCGCCCCCACCUAA